CGAUCCUGGGCGCGCCCAGAAGCUGAUGGAAGUGGCCGCCCCCUUCCUUUCCAGAUGCCUCUCCGGCCUUCUCAGCCUGCGUGUCGGCCUCCCCUGCCGCUUUAUAGCACCCCAUCGCUACCUGGAUCGCCAAACAGAGCGACCCAAGUCCAGAGUGAGUCCGAGUGAGGAAGCGAUCGCGAGUGCCCAGCUCGGCAGAAGAAAAUCCGUUUGGCCCGGCUUGGACAUGGCUCUAGCUCGCCUGUGCCUCAACCGGGGCCUCGCCGGCCGCGCGCUGGCGCUGGCGAGGCCGGCGUACGCCGCUGCCCCGGCGGCCGAUGUGAGCCUUCACUCCCUCUUCUCGACGUCGUCGGCGCCCGACUCCGGCGCCGCCGGCGAGGCGGCGAGCCGCCGCGAGGUCGCCGUGUCGGGCUCGGGCCAGUCCGCCCCCGCACGGCGCGGCGGCCGCUGGGCGUGGCGAGACCUCCGCGACCUCACCCCGUUCCGCUUCGUCGACGGUCUCGGGAGCGCGCUGUCGCAGGUGGCGGAGGCCCUGAGCCGGCCGCUGGAGCGGCUGGCGCCGUCGCGGCUGCUGUCGGGGAAGGUGCGGGAGGACGAGGCGUGGUACCGGCUGCGGUUCGAGGUCCCCGGGCUGGGGAAGGAGGACGUGCGCGUGGCGGUGGAGGACGGCGUGCUGGUGAUCGAGGGCGAGAAGCGGGAGCACGGCGGGGAGGGCGGCGAGGACGGCGAGUGGUGGUCGGCGGCGAGCGGGUACCACGCCAGCCUGCUGCUCCCGGACGACGCGCGCGCCGAGGGGAUCACCGCGGAGGUGAAGGACGGCGUGCUCUACGUCACCGUGCCGCGCACCGGGGAACGCAGGCGGAACGUCACCGAGGUCGAGGUCCAGUAGUGUUUCAAAAAAAAAAGGUCGAGGUCCAGUAGGCGAGGACUUGAUUGUCGCGUGGGAAAGAAAAAGAGAUCGAGAUGAUGUCAAGUGUGGAUGGAUGGAUGGAUGAUGCAGAGUCCGGGACGCAGGGUACACCAGUGAUGCAUGCAUUAUGAGUUGUUUCAUGUUUGUCUCCUCAUCACUAACUGCCGUGCGUGUGUGAGCUCCUUGUUUAUGUGUUCUCUCGAAAUAAGUAUGAAGUUUAUAAGUUUCAGAUUAA